AUGACCAUGACCAUGGCUGCAGAUAACUCGGAGGGCGUGGCCGCCCAGGACAGAGCCUGUGUCCCCCCACCCCCUCAGUUCUUCGUGUUGCUGCUGCUGGUGUUCCUGCUGGAGGUCACCGUCACCGUCCUCUUCUUCGCCUACACCGACAAGAUCGACAGGUAUGCGCAGCACGAUCUGAAGAAGGGCCUGCACCUGUACGGCACCCCGGGCAACGUGGGGCUCACCAACGCCUGGAGCAUCAUCCAGACCGAUUUCCGCUGCUGCGGCGUCUCCAACUACACGGACUGGUUCGAGGUGUACAAUGCCACGCGCGUGCCCGACUCCUGCUGCCUGGAGUUCAGUGAGAGCUGCGGGCUGCAUGCCCCUGGCACCUGGUGGAAGGCGCCGUGCUACGAGACGGUGAAGAUGUGGCUCCAGGAGAACCUGCUGGCCGUGGGCGUCUUCGGGCUGUGCACGGCGCUGGUGCAGAUCUUGGGCCUGACCUUCGCUAUGACCAUGUACUGCCAGGUGGUGAAGGCCGACACCUACUGCGCGUAGGCUGCCCUGCCUGCCACCUGCUUCGCUGCCAAAGGAUGCCACCCACCGGGGAGACAACCUCGUGCCAGAGGGGCAGCUGGCACCUCCCGUGUCCACCCACAGAUUCUCCAGAGCAGCUUUCCCGGGCCCGACACAGGGCUGGGGUGGGGGAGGGCCUCCUGCGCCCCGGUGCUUGGGCGGGCGGAGCCCCGUCAUCACAUUCCAUGUGGGGCAGGGCAGGCUCCCGGUGCGUCUAAUAAAGUGCGUGGGCAGCAGCCCCCCGUUUGUCACUGCCCUGACUCCCCACGGGGGCACCACGCCUAGGCAAGCCCGUGGCUGUGGGCUGCCUACCCACGUGGGGCUGGUGCCUGGAGUGGGGUUCCAGGACACACACAGGCUCAGGCGAGCUGCCCAGCCAGCAGAUGGGGGCUUGUGUGUCUGAGGACAAGCCCCCAAACCUCCACUAGAUUAGCUCCAGGAAGUGGUGCAGAGGCCCCAGGAACCGCGAGGAGUCCCCCUGACCUGUCCAGUGUCUCCAUCCCCCUGCAUUUCUGUCUGCUCCCCCCACCCCCCUCCCGUGUCCUCAGCAAGGCGAGUUCAGUUCCUUGCUGCCUGUUAGGGGUUCCUGUCCUGUCCUGGGAACAUGGCCCCGAAGCAUUUCUUUGUACGACUUUGCAAAUAAAGGGGCCGUGGAGAGCGAGCAGCUGCCAGGCCCAGCACCAA